AUGAAGCUUCAGAAGAAGCCUCAUGUGCUGGACGUACAGGGGGUCAGACGAAUUGUGCAUCUCUACGGGUCCACGGCGAUGUUUGCAAACGAGCUCGAGUCCCAAGGGUUUGAGCCAGAAGUUGGUGGCCCGAUCACAGCAGAAAAAGCUUUUGCGCUACUGCAACAGUACCCCCAACCUUUCCAUUCCAAACAACUUCCCUUCCGACUUGAUCUUGGUUGGGACAUCAAGGAAACAUUACACGAUACCCACGAGGAGGAUUCCGACACCGAAAACCUACCUGCGUCGCGUGCGCAAGAACUUUUUACCACUCCACAUCGCGCAAACAAAAUGCCGCCUCCCAAGACCAGCACAGGCAAAAGGCGUGCGGUCGAUAAAGACUCGCCGUCCAAUGAGCUCCACGAGAGCAUCGAUACCCCAGACGACGUUUUGGCCGUACAUUCAAUCACGGUCUUUGCAAAGGAGACUUGCCGUGCAGAGAAAGAGCUCGGGUUCCUCUACGAGCUCCAUCCCGACGCGGCUUUUUUGAAGACCUGCGCCGAGGCGGUUAAAGUGCUCCCAGAGCAGAUCAAGGUUGUUGACGGCAUUAUUGAGCGAUAUAGCAAUAAGCCAUCCCAGCAAAGCUCGCUUUCCUUUCUUGAUCGAGUCAAGAAUACUUUGCCUGGCGCGACGUCCCCUAAGAACCGUGACUGUUUUAUAGUCGACCAGCCAAACCCAUUUUCCACACCGCAGAACAACCCAUACGCGUUUUCAGUGGCCAGCCCACGUAUCGACCGGGGUUCGCCCUCCCAACCUGUCUCUCCUUACGCGCCGCGUCCCGAGCACCGUGUCACCCAGACCCAAGAGACCAAUGCCGAAUUCUACAAGGACCUUGCUCAGGACCUGGCCAAACUUGCCGAGCCGAACUCCAUUUCUCACUAUGGCGAGCCGAAACGUGUGACUGUCGAGGGCAGUGGCAAGAUCACGUUGUUCCUCAACGACUCUCGCAUCGGUGAUCUUGCGACUACGUCCCUGAACUUUUGGGCAGGUGUCCUGCAAAUGCAGGACAUUAAGACUCGAUUUGGCUUCCAAACCAAGGAGGACGGGACCCUACAGCGGGAAAUCCCCGACCAAGCUUUCCAAGUCGCCGCUUCUCGUUACGCAGCCUUGGACUUCAGUACAGUCAGCCGCAAACUCGGCCGAACUGUUGCUUUCUAUCGUCGGGAGCCCAUCAGCAAGCGAGGGAAGCUUACAAGCAGGGACGUGCAGAAAGACCUUGCGAAGCUCACUGAUGAUGAUCUCUCCAUGAUCAUGGGAUUCCACCCCGACCAAUCACCCCUCGGAAAUGCGUCUGGCAUUCGGCUGAUUGAGUUGUAA